GUGAGUCUCGGUUUCUUUCACCACCAUCCUCAUCUUCAUCCUCAUCCUCAUCAUCGGAGCUGCAGACCCAGAGGCGGACUGGCCGAGAGGAGCGGACUGUCCACACGGAACAUGGCGUCCAAGUGUCCCAAAUGUGACAAGACCGUGUAUUUCGCGGAGAAGGUGUCAUCUUUAGGCAAAGACUGGCAUAAGUUCUGUCUGAAAUGUGAGCGCUGUAACAAGACAUUAAACCCAGGAGGGCACGCUGAGCAUGAUGGGAAGCCUUUCUGCCACAAGCCGUGCUACGCCGCCCUGUUUGGACCUAAAGGGGUGAACAUCGGCGGGGCUGGCUCUUACGUGUAUGAUACUCCUGUCAACGAAGCCCCUGCAGCCGUUUCCAUGGAAACAGAUGCAAAACCACAGGAGGAGAAGAAAGCCCCCGCACGGGGACCAGUGAAGGCUGCAAGCUUCUCGUCUUUCUCUGGAGGACCCAACAUCUGCCCCAGAUGCAACAAGACUGUAUACUUUGCUGAGAAGGUGUCAUCUCUCGGGAAGAACUGGCACCGGCCCUGUCUGCGCUGUGAGAGGUGUAGUAAGACUCUGGCCCCUGGAAGCCAUGCAGAACAUGAUGGACAGCCGUACUGCCACAAACCAUGCUACGCUGUGCUGUUUGGACCCAAAGGUGUGAACACUGGAGGCGUGGGCAGUUAUAUCUACGACGAUCCUGAAGCUGAAGCUCAGCCAUGAGUCCUGACGCUGCAGAAACACCUUAACGUCUCUUUGAUUUGCCUUCUCCAGUCACGGUCACAGACGACAUGUACCGCACUCACAGGGACGGAUUAUUAGAUGUUUAUGUUGUAUUUGUAUAUGGUUUAUAUAUCUAUUUUUUGUACUGAAGCAAACCUUUAAUAUGUCCUCCUGUGUGGGUGUCACAUUUGCCUUUUAGGUUUCUUGGUUCUCUUUGCCAAAUAAUUCUUAGCCUGUUCUGUAGUGACUUUAAGCACCUGUGUUUUUCACUCACAAUGAAGGAUUUUUCAGACUUUUGUGCACUUAAAAUGUACCGUGCCGUUUAAGACAAGGGUUAUUUCCCGGCAUUUUAUCGUCAGUGUUUCUUUAACAGGUUCAUCCUGCUUGUAAAAAGGCAGAUGCUGUGUAGACGUAGCUGGUUUAGGCACCAAGAUGUGCAGUUUUCUCAAUGUUAGGAAGGUGAAUUUUGGGUUUUUUUGGGAAUUGGAACAUGGUAAACUGCUCAUCAUGUUUUCUACAGUAAAACAAUGUGAUACUAAA